AGAGAGAGAGAGAACAAGAAGAGAGAGCGGGGGUUCUCAUCAUCUCUCUCUCUCUCUUUCAUUUCCUGACAAAGGCACUGUAUUUGGAACUCAAGACCAUCACAAUCAAAAUAUUCCACUCAUAAGCAUCAAACGGAAACAACAAAAAUAGUAGUCAUGAGCAGCAACACCACUUAUAACUGCACAGAGCCCCAGAGUAACUGGCUCUUUGUUGGGGUCUACUCCAUGGUCUUCAUGGUUGGCCUCAUCCUCAACCUCACAGCACUAGUGGUGUUCUUCCGCUACACCAAGUCUCGGUCUCACACCACCGUCUACAUGACUAACCUGGCCAUCGCAGACCUUCUCCUGGUCCUCACUCUGCCCCUGAGGAUCUACUACCAUCUGGGAAUGUCUGGGUUACCUCAGUUACCUCAGGUCCUGUGUGAAGGGGUGGGUCUGGUUCUGCUGGUCAACAUGUAUGGCAGCAUCUUUCUCCUCACCUGCAUGUGCUUCGACCGUUGUGUAGCCGUAUGUUUCCCCAUGUCUUGCCGGAUUCGGGAGGGCCGAAAGAAAGCCCCACUGGUCUGCCUCGGUGUCUGGGUCCUUACCAUCGGAGCCAGCCUCCCAUUCUACAUCUCCAAACGCAGAGAGGCAUCCAAUGAGACGCAGGACCUUUGUUUCGGGAACCUUCCAGUCUACGCCACACAGGCAACGGCAGUCGCCUCGACACUAACCAUCGGCUUCGGCAUCCCCUUGGUGGUGAUGUUGGUCUGUUCCUCGGCGUUGAUCCGCACCAUCACAAGGAGCGCUGUAGCCCAGACAGAACUCAUCAACUCUGGGAAGAUCCAGAGGAUGAUCACCACCAACCUGGUGAUAUUUCUGGCCUGCUUCCUGCCCUACCAUGGGAGUCUGGCGCUCCUCUAUGUCCAUAGGAAAGCGGUACCAUGCCCCCUACUGUUGGCAUACCGCUAUAGCCUAAUGGUGGCCUGUCUGAACGCCAUUUUGGAUCCACUGGCGUACUAUUUCACCACGGAGACGUUCAGGAAGAAGGUGGAUAUGGACGCCAUGAGGAGGAUGUUCCCACUCAACAGUCAGAACUCUGAGGGGAACAACUCCAGAGCCCCCUUCAACACUUAAUGUUCUAAAGAGACAGUCUGGGAUUUGAAAAACAACAAAUCCGUCACCCCGCCGGCCGCCAAUUGUUUUGGUAAAAAUGUAUUAAAGGACGUUCCAUGUACUGCUAAGAUAUAGAAUGGUGAUUAUAUUGGAUUUAUGAUGUGUAGUUCUACGCCAAGCUAACACCCAAGGUGUUAAGAUAUUGGAUCGUCCAUGUGCAAUCAGUUGGUUCUCAUACUGAAGUUUCGGACUAUGCAGUGGCAUGUAUUCAGGGAUGCCAAAGGAAGGCAGGCUUCCCCAGAACAAUCACCAAGAAAAAAUAUAUAUAUAUAAUAAAAAUAAAUGUAUCUUUCAUAGUUUUACUUCAAUUUGCAAGAGGCUUAAUCUACAGUAGCUCACAGGAGAAAGCAUCUGAGCAAAGCCAAACAGCUCCCCUCUGUUUCUGUAUGUGUAGCUCAUCUAUCUGAUGCUUUCUGGUCAAAAAUAGUAUAAUAUUGUUGCCGCCUGUAGCAUUGAAUACAAGGGAUUAAUAAUUAUUAAUAAUAAUAGCCAAUCAGCGUUGAGCUAAACUGAGUGAGCUCAGCUGUGAAUGGUCCUGGUGCACCAAAAGAAAGUGUAAAGGGAAGCCAGUUCGGAUUUGGCUUCACACCAGUCACAUCACAUCCAGCCAAACAUCAUUGACAGAAAAAACGUGAUUUGUUGUAUCUAGUUUCCUAAAUUAGCCAAGGACAGAGAUAGGGAUUUUGUGGUUUUACUUCAUUCUCCACACUGGCCAAUUCUGCGAUUCUGACACAACCAUUAAUCCAUACAUUGUGCCCCUGGACUGACAGGAUGGAAGUUCAAUAUGUAGAAGGCUAAUGUGAGCUAGCUAAUGUUGUCAUGAAAGGAAAUUAGGCUAGCAAGCAACAUUUUAGCCAGGUAGUCUCGGACAACAUAAACUUAAAGCAUGUAUGACAGAGUCAUAGACGUUUCGGCAACAUGAAUGAGGAGGAUGGCAUUGGCCUUUCUUUACAAGUAGGAUGAGUCAACACAUUUUCUACUUACGCACACAAACACACAAAUCAGUGCCAUGGACAGCCACAUGAUAGGUAAGAAUGUACAUAUUUUCCCAUUAAUAAAACGAUAUCCUAACAUCCAAUAUAUUUCAACAUUUAAAAAAAACACAUCAAGACUCCAAACCAAGUAAAAAACUAAACGUUUUAGAAUCAUCCAACAGCAACAUCUGCAAUAAACACUGAUCCAAAAGUUGAGGUUUUUUACAGCUAAUCAGAGCUCAAAUACAAAUGCAGUUUAUUUUACAGUUUUUAAAGAGACUAUAAUCAAUUGUUAAAUCUAAUUUAAGUAAUAGUAACAUUCAUUACUAUUUUGCAACAUUACACAUUUUAAACAGCCUUGGAUCAAUUUCAGGUGGCUGAACAUUUGCUUAUGUUGAUUGGACUAAAUCGUUUUUGGAAUAUUCUAGAUGUCACUGUAUUAGACUAAGCAUAGGUGAUUUCAUGAUGUCGAAAUGUUGAAGUUGAAAUGGUGCUGGAAUAGUGGAGGCUAUAACGAUACAGGGCAAAACCCAGAUGCAGACACGGGAGGCAGAGGGUUCGAGUCUCUGAUAUUUAUUAUAAAACAAGGGGCAGGCAAGAGACAGGUUGUGGACAGGCAGAAGAUCUUAAGGAGGUACAGAGUGGCAGGCAGGCUCGAGGUCAGUGCAGGCGGGCUCAGUGUAAGGGCAAGCAAAGGUCAGAACUGGGACGACUAGAAAAAGAAAGACUUCACAAGAAAAACGCUGGUUGACUUGACAAGACGAAAAAGCCUCUAUUUACAAUGUGAUUUUCUGGAUGUUUGUUUUACAUUCCGUCUCCCACAGUUGAAGUGUACCUAUGAUAAAAACAGACCUCUACAUGCUUUGUAAGUAGGAAAACCUGCAAAAUCAGCAGUGUAUCAAAUACUUGUUCUCCCCACUGUAUGUGGAAUUGACAAGGCAACUCAAAGGGACAGGAUGUACAAGAUGAUAGGAUGUACAAGAUGAUAGGAUGUACAAGAUGAUAGAGUGUUAACUUAAGAUGGUGUUAAAGUUAAGAAAUCAUAAUUCAGCGACAAGACAUCAACGGUGUCAAAAACAAACCCCAUGAAUGCAAUGCACAUUAUAUUGCCAUUCUCUUGAAUUAUACAUUUUACACUGAGUAAGCUUGUUUGUAAGUGACUAGUUCAAAGUUGUAUCAAAUGUGUUUUCUAAAAGUUUGCUUGGUGUAGAUACAGUACAUCUUUAUCAAGCUUCAAAUGUUUCUGUUCCUGGUUAUUUUUCACAUUCUUUUACUAAAAUAUCUCAGCUGACCAUACACAGUCACAAAAAUCUUGAAGCAGAAUGUCUACACAAUCUGUGGCUUCAAUGUCAAAAUAGGAUUUUUAUAUUGCAGCAUAAAGUGUUUCUAACACUCCCUACCCCCCCAUCCCAUCCUCCACACCAACCCACUACUUCCUCUCUUUGGUAUCACUGUUGCCUCCGAGCAAUACCACUUCCUGUGGGCUCCUGCCCUCAGUGGUAAAUAGGCAGAUGCACAUUUUGAGUCAUUAUUGUGUAUAUUAUUAUUACAUAAAUUAAUUAUAGUAUAUUCAUUAAUAUUAUCAAAAUGAAUACCACAAAUAAAUCAAUAAUAACUUAAAGGUAGACAGCGAUAUGGCGUAGAAAGUAAACAUAUUAGUGGGUUAAUAUACAUAACGCGAAGCCAUGCACACAUACUGUGUGAGAGCUGAAGUCUUGCACCUCGCUCAUCUCAUUAUCUGUUUGUGGCAAUGCCAUUUCACUGAGUUUAAGAUACUUUGUGUGUGCACGCGUGUGUGAGUGCUUGCGUACAGUACCAGUCAAAGGUUUGGACACACCUAAUCAUUCCAGUGGUUUUCUUUAUUUGGACUAUUUUCUACAUUGUAGAAUAAUAGUGAAGAGAUAGCAACUAUGAAAUAACACAUAUGGAAUCAUGUAGUAACCCAAAAAAUUAUAAACAAAUCAAAAUAUAUUUUCUAUUUGAGAUUCUUCAAAGUAGCCACUCUUUGCCUGGAUGAUGGCUUUGCUCACUCUUGGCAUUCUCUCAACAAGCUUCAUGAGGUAGUCACCUGGUAUGCAUUUCAAUUAACACGUGUGCCUUGUUAAAAGCUAAUUUGUGGAAUUUCUUUCCUUCUUAAUGCGUUUGAGUUGUGUUUUGACAAGAUAGGGGUGGUAUACAGAAGAUAGCCAUAUUUGGUAAAAGACCAAGUCCAUAUUAUGUGUGUGUGUGUGUGUGUGUGUGUGUGUGUGUGUGUGUGUGUGUGUGUGUGCGUGCGCGCGUGCGUGCGCGUGUAUUUACAGAUUGAGGUUGUUAGCGUUUAAGAAACAGGCCUAGGCCUGUGUGACAGUGUGUGGGUGUGAGAUUGCAGAACAGUAGUUUCUUCUUCAAGUUAUAACCACAGUCAACCGUUGCCUUUGUGAAAUGAAACACUGCAAGAUAAUUACAGAUGUUGUGCAAAUUACCAUAACAUACAUAUCAGUCCCAUGUCAAUAAUAACCCUGCACUGUGACAAAAUGUUCCUGUUUUUGACCACUAUGAGUGGUUGAUUAUUUUGGGAUUCUUACAAGCAGAGCAUAGCCUGGUCUCAGAUGUGUAUGCUUUAUAGCCAGCUCCUUUGACUAUACAUCAGAGGACCUAGCUAAAGCACAAACUGAUAAGAGACCAGAGCUAAGCCGACUGCACCACCUGUAGCUGCUCAUCUUAAUCAUUUUGUGUGAGAAAACACUUCAUUGGAUCUUUAGGACUUUUCCCAUGUGUCUUGUCUACAAAUCUAAAUCUUCAACUUUUCUCUCAAGAGAGUUGUAGUUAAUCACACACAAUCACAAGGCAGUCAUAUCCAGGGCAGUCCGUUAGAGUAGUUUAUCAGUUGCAUGACAGCGCUAUUGAGGUCAACACAUGGGGCUAAAAAAAGGAGUGCAGUGCGUGAAAAUGUGUCAGGCUGUCUUGUGUGAACUGAGGACAGAAAAGGGGUGCAUGCAUGUGAAGUUUUCUUUAGGGCACCUGUACAAAACAAUAGAGACGUGUGUGUGUGCGUGCAUGUGUGUAUUAGGCAUCUCAAUAUGUCUGUGGGGUUGAAUCUGGCCUUCACUAUUUAACUGUUGCUCCCGCCCCCAUCUCUCCACUGCUGAGAAAAGAUUAAGAAUUCACCAACACACUCUGCAAAGUGCAAACAACAGACACAGAGGGAUACCCGGAACAUUGAAACUAGGUCCUACUACCACAACUAUUCUUAUUGUGACAUCUAGGCCAAGAAACAAAUACUUGAGUAAAGUGACAUAAUUUCUGAACCAAAUCGUUGUCAAUCUAUCAAUCAAAAUCAAGAGACUAUAGCCUGUCAAACAAACUAAGCCAUAAUACCCUUCCCCCAACCGCCUUGGACAUUGAUCAGGUGCAGGAGUGAGCUAGAGCGAAGGGAAAAAAACGACUUUGGAUUUUAUGGUCUUAAGAUAGGCGUGAAGGCUUUAGCACCUGGACCAUUAUUCUGCUAACUGGGGGUCAUUACAGCUGGACUAUAGGGCAGAAAGGAAAGAGCUAAAGAGACAACACGCUCCACUGGAGUGUGUCCAUCCACCAGAUAAAAAGGGGGAGAAUAAUAAGCUGGAGUGAGGAGGGGUUGGUAGCUAAAAGAAGUGCAGGAAAUCGGGGCGGGACAGGGAGGAGGGACAAAGCUAAUAGUUUGAGGAUUUUGGAGUUUGAAAAUAAAGGUUGCGGGGGAGAUCUCUUUAGCUGCUAUUGUUGUGUGACUUUUUCCACCCUGUCUAACUUACUUUUUUGGUUGUGGGGAGAUCUAUUUUGUGUGUGAGUGCUGAAAAGUCUGAAGGGAGGAGGGGCAUGGGGAGUUUAAUUGCUGUAGAUUAAUGUUGUUUGUAUGAAUUAAUACAUUUUCUAAACAGUCUGAUUCAUUUUAUUACAGAUUAAGUAGCCUAUCCAUUGUUAUUGAAGUGUUGUUUAUUGACGCUUGAGGUAUAGGCCAGGCCUAUUGGUUUUAUUUCAAUUGAGCGGCAUAAAGCCUGAAUAAGUGAUACACUUUAUCACCAUGUCAAAUGUAAUUUUCAGCUGUCAUCAAAACUGUGGAAACGCCAACCGGAUGCUUCACAUUGAUGCAUUUAGUGAAAUAUCUGGCUCAUUGUUCUAUCUGUGGUAGCAGUAUGCAAAUGAACAGCUCUAUCGCUGAUGCGAUUCGGUUCCCGACGUUCAGCAAAAAAAAUCAAUUCAAAAAUAGCCAUUCCUUCGUCAACGAUCCAUUACUAUUCCCGGUUGGUUCAACGUAAUUUCAUUGAAACAACGUUGAUUCAACUAGUGUGUGCCCAGUUUUCUAGCUGGCACCAUCCAUCAAUCCAUCCGAAACGUCACCUUUUCAAACUCCAGUGCCGUCCGCGCUUUGCAGUUCUUACCCGCGCCCCCCUCCUAUCUUCCCCAUUCUCCCGCUUGACAACAGCGGGGAGAAUUGGACCAUGUGCCAUGAAACGUGCCCACGGCGGGGCUGUGGGAAAGUUCGGGGAAGAGAGAACCCACACAUUGUCAUGGUAAUGUCGGUGGGUCGAGGUGUUGGGGGCGGGAGGCUGUGGUGCUUAACACCCACACUGCGAGAGUACUUUUACUCCUGCCUCUAUUCUAAUGUAUUUCACUCAGUGUUUCUCCAUUCGUUACCUAGCCAUUAAAACAGUACAAACGGACUUCUGUGUGUGGGUAGCCUUCAACUGCCACAAGUCAAAUCUAGCGUCAUUUGGUUAAUUGCGUGCAGACUGCCCACGGGAGAUUUAGGACACCGAUAGUGUGGACUGUGAAGCUGAGCUAUCAGUUGGUCGGCUGGUUUGGUGUGCGCUCUGCAGCGCGAGGAUGACGGCCUCCAACAUGGAACAUGGAGGAAAUGCUCCCGAGAAGAAUUUUAACGCCAAAGAUGAACGAAAGGUAGGCUUGCAAUUCUCUUGGCCUUUGGUAAAACUGGGUAAUACAUCAAGGUAAGGGUUGUGCAGUAAUUGUUCGAAGUAUCCUCCCCCCAUUAAAAUCCUUAAUUGCCUGAUGCAAAUGAAUGAAUGAAUGCAUGCAUAUCCCACUACUACAUUUAAUAAGAUGCAUGCAUUUAUGCAAUGUGCAGAGACAGUUGGUAGACUUUGCAUAAGGUUUGGCUGCAGGUUGUUGAAUUCUCUUCAACAGGGUCUAGAUGCAGACUCAUCACUUUAUUGUAGUAUCAAACGGAGUAACAUUUCUCAUAUUUCAUUCCAAAACUAAAAUUGAGAGCUUGGGACCAUAAGGUUUUACCUACAAAAAGAUGAUUCUGAGAUAAUUGUCUUUAAAAGUACCAAACCCACAUUACCCCAGCUCAAUUGAUUAAUACUUAAACAGAGGUAUUAGUUGUAGUGUUGAUUUGAUUGACAGCUGCGGAAGCCUCUGAUAGAGAAGAAGAGGCGGGAGCGAAUCAACUGCAGUCUUGAGCAGCUGAAGGGGAUCAUGGUGGACGCCUAUAACCUAGAUCAAUCUAAACUGGAGAAGGCUGAUAUACUGGAGGUUACUGCCCAACAUAUGGAGGGUCUACAGAAGGGUCAUGGUACUGGCAUCCCUGCUGGUCCCAGCGUCGGGUUCCAGUCCCGGCAGCGCUACAGCAGUGGAUACAUUCAGUGUAUGCAGGAGGUCCAUAACCUGCUCCUGGGCUGUCCAGACAUGGACAAGCCUCUAGGGGCCCAGCUCCUCAAUCACCUCCUUAAGUCUCUGCCCCACAUCAGCUCAGAGACUGGGCCUGGAAACACUGGUGGCAAUGGGCCUAAUCGGACCCCAACAAGGCCUAUCACUGGUGGGGUCAAUGAGACUCUGAUAAGGGCCAUUGGUAAUUGUAACGGUAGAAUUGGUAGUAGUAGUGGUGCUAGUCCCAAUUCUGGACCUGGAUCCCCUCCCCAGUCUCUGCUUUCACUGCCUUCUGGAGGAGUAGGUCUAUUCCGACCUCGCCGUUUACAGAUGCAUCAUGCCUCGCCGCCGUUGACCCCGCCCACAAGAUGUUCCCCGCUCCAUGCCCCCCACAGGCAGGUGCAUUCUGGGAGGGAGCAGCUGCCUGCCUCCUCCCCUUCUAGCUCACCCAACCUCCCCCAGCCAGGGGUGUCUCACCCCGCCCCCCUGUCCCCUUUCUUUGGCCCUGUGGGAGACCCCUCUAUGUGGAGGCCUUGGUGAAAGAGGACACACACACACACACAUUUCAUCACUUUAGGACCCCUGAGUUUUUCCUUACCCUGUGAUCUGAGUGAAAAAAUGCCCUAUUGGCAGCAGACCACCUAGGGCCUGGGGUUUUUCCCAGUCACCUCAUGCUGUGGUCAGGAAAAACUCAGGGACUCUUUGUUUUUUAUCUAAUUCCAUCUCAUGGAAUCGCUCAACUCUGUUAUUCCUGGAUUGAGUGCAGAAGUCAGGAGAUAAAGAUCUAGGUGGAUCUACAAGUUUCACUUCCUGUCAAAUUGAAUCCAAUAUGUUGUGGUGUGAUUGACAGAUGCAUCAGCCCUCUAGGAACAUGUCUGUAGUGUUCUGCUAUAUUAACUGCAUUGCCAGCGGUUCUAUGGUCUCAUUUUUCGUUUAAAUGCUUCACAUUUUAGACAUACAAAUAUUUGUAUUUUUUUAUGAGAUUGGCCAGAAGUAAGCAUUGUUUUUACAAUUUUUGUGUUUUCUUCCAAGUAUUUAGCUGGUGUUCAUUUUAUGUUUUCAAUGUGUAGAAAAUGGUCACAGAAUGUGGAAUUUGUUUUGUCACACACUGAUGAUAAAUUGAUUAAUUCAUUUAUUAAACAGAUUUGAUUAAUUGAUUCAGAUCUAAUGUUUGUAAUUACAACUGAAUUGCUUACUUUGGAAAUGUUUUCAACCUUGUAUAUUACAAGAAGAUAGUAUGUUUCAAAUUGAAACAGCUAAAAUAAAGUGUGUGCUGGAUCUUUGUUUUUCAGAAUUGAAUAAAACGGCAUUAAAACAAUA